GUGAGCAGCCUCUGCUCCUGGACAAGAUAUGAGAAAUGAGUGUUGGACGCCGAAGGAUAAAGUUGUUGGGAGUUCUGAUGAUGGCAAACUUUUUUAUUUAUUUGAUUGUGGAAGUCUCCAAAAGUAGUAGUCAAGAAGAUCGUGGAAAAGGAGAAGUUAUAAUGCCCAAAGGCAAGUUUUGGAAGAAACCUGUACCUGCCAAGGCCUAUUGGAAUAGAGAACAAGAGAAACUAAAUAACCUGUACAAUCCCAUUUUGAGCAUCCUGACCAAUACUACAGUAGAAGAAAAUUUGAUUUCCAAUGCAAGUGUUCUGAAUUCCUGUGAACCAGACUUAUCAGUGAUUUCAUCAGUUAAGGAUUUUGAAAAUCUACCAGACAGAUUUAAAGAUUUUCUGCUUUAUCUGAGAUGUAGAAAUUAUUCAUUGCUGAUAGAUCAACUGGACAAGUGCAAACAGAAGCCUUUCCUUCUGUUAGCCAUUAAGUCACUCACAUCCCAUUUUGAUAGAAGACAAGCAAUUCGAGAGUCCUGGGGAAAAGAGACUAAUUUUGGGAACCAAACGGUUGUAAGAGUCUUUUUAUUGGGACAGACUCCCCCUGAAGAUCACUUUCCUGACCUUUCAGAUAUGUUGAAAUUUGAGAGUGAGAAGCACCGAGACAUUCUUCUUUGGAACUACAGAGAUACUUUCUUCAACUUGACUCUGAAAGAAGUACUGUUUCUGAAGUGGGUGAGCACUUCUUGUCCUGAUGUCCAGUUUGUUUUCAAGGGGGAUGAUGAUGUUUUUGUAAAUACUCAUCAGAUCCUAAAUUACUUGAAUAGCAUAUCCAAGGACAAAGCCAAAGACUUAUUUAUAGGUGAUGUGAUCAAAGAUGCUGGACCUCAUCGAGAGAAAAAGCUAAAAUACUAUAUCCCAGAAAGUGUUUAUGAAGGUGCCUACCCUCCUUAUGCAGGAGGGGGUGGGUUUCUCUAUUCUGGCAGUCUAGCCCUGAGGCUGAACAAAGUAUCUGAGCAGGUCCUUCUCUAUCCCAUUGAUGACGUUUAUACUGGCAUGUGCCUUCAAAAACUUGGCCUCGCUCCAGAGAAACACAGAGGCUUUAGAACAUUUGAUAUAGAAGAAAAAAACAGGAAAAAUAUUUGCUCUUACACAGACUUAAUGUUAGUACAUAGCAGAAAACCACAGGAAAUGAUUAGCAUUUGGUCUCAGCUUCAAAAUCUUCGUGUAAAUUGCUGAAAUAUAUGAAAGUAAAAUAUGCAUAAAAGAAUAUAUCUUAAGAGAUUUCCUAGUUUUUCUCCCCUUAAUUUAGGUGUAAUUUUUGUGCUAAAUCAUUGGAAUUGCUUCUUUCCUGGAAUCUUUUUAGAAGCAUUUAAACUUUUCAAUAGUAUUUUGGAAAGUGAGGAUACAAAUGGUCAUAAUUCUUCAUGAAAAGAAUAACAUGAAGGUUUAGUUCUACCCAGUGGUCAUUCUAUUUGAGUGCUAUUUCCCUUUCACCUCUAAAGUCACAAAUUCCCCAAAUUUAUGCUCUAUCUUUAUUUUGUUCCCAAAAGGUAUAGAAGAGCUGUUAAGGUGAUUUUAUUCCUUAGUACAUUGGUUAAGGCAGAUUUCCUGGGUAGAAGAUUGUUUUCAUGAGAAUUAUGCCUUGAGAUGAAAUUAAUUUCAUAUUAACAUAGUCUAGAAAAACAUAAAUUUAUAAAUAAUUAAUCACUUCUGUCUUUGCUGCCACCCCAACAGUAUUUUCUUGAGUCAAUAUGGCCCCCCAACCCCCAAUUAUUCAAGAUGAAGCUGAUUUGGCUGAGUGAGUUUUCCCUUUAAAUCUUGUUUUGAAAGCACCCAUCAUAGCAGUGAGGGCACAGACAGGCAUUUUCUUAGUUUGGGGAUGGUAGGCAGUAUUACUAGGAUAUUAUGUUUUAGUUUUAUAUUUUAAAUGGACAUGACAAGUUGUCUCUUACUAAUCAUACCUAAAAAGUAGACUCCAUUUUCAUUGGCAAGUGGUAAUUAUGAUCUGCAAAUGGGUAAUUGUUAUUGAAUUGCUCACUACUUAAGAUUGUUUGAUUUGUACUACUAAAUGGUCCUAUGGGCCUUGAGGGUAAUUCUUGAUACUUCAGGUAAUAACCUGAAGAUGGAAUCAUUUCAUGAAUGAUUUCUCUGUUGAACUCUGGAAUUCUUUUCUUGCCAUAUUUUACACAUUGCUUGUAUAAAAUAAUUAUUCUGAGUAGUGACUUGAUUCCUGUGUCUAUAUGUAGAAGUGCCUGUGUUUUUAUUUAUUGUUCAGACUGACCAAAACAUUUUCUUAAAUAUAUUUUGUGUAAUAUUUUAUUUGUAUACAGUGUUGUCCUUUAAAUAUUUAAUUAGAGCAUGAUAUUUUUAAAAAGUUAAGAUGUAACAUGUCAAAUAAAACUAAGUGUUAUUUUUGAAUUCAAAAAGUUGUUUUGAGUAUAUACUACUAGAUUUAACAAUCCUGCCAAACAGUUGACAUUAUUCAGUAUCAUGCUAUCUUAAAGUACCAUUUUUAUGCUUAUUCUGUCACUCAGAAUUCUUGCAUUAUAGAUUAUAGUUGAUAUGUAAAAGGGUGGAAAUAAAGUUAUGUGUAUUUUUAA